CGACACGUAAAAUUUUCGCGUCAGAAACGGUCUCGGGCCUCGAGACUUGAGAUCGGUGCUACUAGAAGCUUCUAUUUUUCUUUAGAUUUUGUUGAAUACAGCCGAAAUGCCCAAAGUAAAGAGAAGCAGAAAGCCACCUCCAGACGGAUGGGAGCUGAUUGAACCCACUUUGGAUGAACUGGACCAGAAAAUGAGAGAGGCUGAAACAGACCCUCAUGAGGGGAAGCGAAAGGUGGAGGCCCUUUGGCCAAUCUUCAGGCUUCACCAUCAGCGCAGUCGUUACAUCUACGACCUCUUCUACAAAAGAAAAGCCAUCAGCAGAGAGCUGUAUGACUACUGUAUAAAGGAAGGGUAUGCCGACAAGAACCUGAUUGCCAAGUGGAAGAAGCAGGGCUAUGAGAACCUUUGCUGCCUGCGCUGCAUCCAAACACGGGACACCAACUUUGGAACUAACUGCAUCUGCAGAGUCCCUAAGAGCAAGCUGGAAGUUGGAAGAAUCAUUGAGUGCACUCACUGUGGAUGCAGAGGAUGCUCCGGCUGAUCAU